UUGAACUGGCGUAAGUGAAGAUUGAACUUUAUAUCAAUCACUCACCUUCCCAAAAGGGCGUGACAGCUGACCGGGUCGCUGGGAAAACUGCGAAAACGGCGACCAGGUGCCCUGAGGGCAGUCGAAGCUUCGAUCAUUUCGCGUAUCGUUAAAAGUCAAUUAAAAAACUCAAUUAAAUGCACAGUCGCGGCGCACAAGAACAAAUGCCAUUUCAUCCUUUCACCAUCAUCAUCGCUGUGUGGGUGGCUUGAAGAGGAUCGGGAGUGAGAAAUCUAAAAGUGGAAACGUUCGUGCCUUUCCGGACCAAAAUGGCGGGGUUGUGAUUCUCGGCUUGUUGGAGUGGUCAAGGGUACAUAAUGCGACCCAUGGUCAUUAGCUGAUCAUUGGAAAAAAACCUGCAAAAGCUACUGGGUCUUCUUCUGACUUGGAGUUGUCGUCCCUUUGGAGUUGCAUAUGGACUAGAUAACGGUCUGGCGCUCGUACCUCCCAUGGGUUGGAUGCCGUUUGAAAGGUUCCGGUGCAUGACGGACUGUGCCCGCUUUCCCAGGGAUUGCAUCAGUGAAUCGCUUAUCAGGCGUACGGCGGAUCUAUUGGUAUCCGAGGGCUACGCUGCUGCAGGCUAUCAAUACUUGAUUAUUGAUGAUUGUUGGAUGGAAGCCUCUCGUGAUGACGCCACACAUGAGCUUGUGCCUAGCCUCGAUCGUUUUCCAAAUGGAAUGAGUGUGCUCGGCGAUUACAUUCAUUUCCUGGGACUCAAGUUCGGACUUUACCAUGAUGUGGGAGAGAGGACGUGCAUGUUCCGGGGGCCUGGGGCUGCAAGACACUUUGAGCUGGAUGCCCAAACCUUCGCCAAUUGGGGCGUUGACUACGUCAAGAUGGACGGCUGCUACGCAAGUGAAGAGGAUUUGGACCGAGGAUACCCCGCCUUUGGAAUGGCCAUGAACCGGACGGGUCGUCCCAUGGUGUACUCGUGCAGUUGGCCCUUUUACAAGCCAAAGCCAGACUACUCAUUGAUCGCCUUACACUGCAAUCUCUGGAGGUUUGCUGUCGACGUACAGGACUCGUUUACAUCGGUGACAAACAUACUCUCGCAUUACGCUAGCAAACAGGAUGUUCUGACAGCGCACGCUGGCCCUGGUCGCUCGAAUGAUCUGGAUAUGCUCGUCCUGGGAAACUUUCGUUUGAGCUACGACGCAAGCCGGUUGCAGCUAGCUAUUUGGUCGGUGCUUGCGGCACCUUUAAUUAUGACCAACGAUCUAGGAACUGUGCGACCGGAAAUAAAGAAACUCCUCCAAAACCGGGAUAUAAUUGCGAUUGAUCAGGACCCGCUGGGUAAGCCUGGAAAAAUGGUUUUGGUUGAUCGAAAUAUACAGGUUUGGGUUCGAUCCGUAACUCCGGUAAGCGACUUUGGCACAAGCUCGUUUGCAGUAGCCUUCGUCAAUCAAGGAGGCUUUGGCCCAUGUCCUCUGUGCCCUCAGACAUUCGAGGUAUCAUUGUUCAGACUGGGACUGAACAGUCGUAUGGGGUAUCAUGUGGUUGACUUGUUCAACAUCACCGACGAUUUAGGGUUGUUUAAGCCAAAUGAUACGUUUAUCACGCGAAUUAACCCGGAAGGCGUAACAUUCUUCAAGUUUACUGUCGUGUCUUUGUACUGAUUCCACUAGUUUAUAAAAUUAAAUUGUCCAUUUAC